CUGAAGGCUCCUGCCAUGACGCCUUGAGACGGGUCGCGCAGCCCCCCAGCCGCCCGAUGGGAGCGCAGGAGGCCAGGGCGACGCGCCGCGAGGAAUCCCCGGCCCACGCAGACACCCGGGAGCGCCCUCCCGUGCGGGGCUGCCACUCGCUGCCUGGCGCGGGGGCGGCGGUGACUUAACCUGUGCUCGGUUUGGUGGUGGUGGUGAGGACAGAUAGGGGCACUGCCCAUUUUGGCCAAGGGUCACACAGCAUUUACAUCACAAUUGGGCCGGAGUUUAAAAAUGUCUGGUCCUCUCCCUCCCCACCACCCGCGGUUGUGUCCAGACAGAGAAUGUUCUAGCGCUGGGGGCGGCUGCGGAUGAAGUCCUUGGGGGGAAAAGAAGCAGGCCAAGGGCGAUGGUGGAGUAGAGCUGCCUCGCAGAGGCAGCAUGAGCUGAGAGGGUGAUAGGAAGGAAGGAGGCGCUAGACAGCAUGGAGGACUUUCUGCUCUCCAAUGGGUACCAGCUCGGCAAGACCAUUGGGGAAGGGACCUACUCAAAAGUCAAAGAAGCAUUUUCCAAAAAACACCAAAGAAAGGUGGCAAUUAAAAUUAUAGACAAGAUGGGAGGGCCAGAAGAGUUUAUCCAGAGAUUCCUGCCUCGGGAGCUCCAGAUCGUCCGCACCCUGGACCACAAGAACAUCAUCCGGGUGUAUGAGAUGCUGGAGUCUGCUGACGGGAAAAUCUACCUGGUGAUGGAGCUGGCUGAGGGAGGGGAUGUCUUUGACUGCGUGCUGAAUGGAGGGCCACUGCCUGAGAGUCGGGCCAAGGCCCUCUUCCGUCAGAUGGUCGAGGCCAUCCGCUACUGCCAUGGCUGUGGCGUGGCCCACCGGGACCUCAAGUGUGAGAAUGCUUUGUUGCAGGGCUUCAACCUGAAGCUGACUGACUUUGGCUUCGCCAAGGUGUUGCCCAAAUUGCGCCGGGAGCUGAGCCAGACCUUCUGCGGCAGCACAGCCUAUGCCGCCCCUGAGGUGCUGCAGGGCAUUCCCCACGAUAGCAAGAAGGGUGACGUUUGGAGCAUGGGCGUGGUCCUGUAUGUCAUGCUCUGUGCCAGCCUACCUUUUGACGACACAGACAUCCCCAAGAUGCUGUGGCAGCAGCAGAAAGGGGUGUCCUUCCCCACUCAUCUGGGCAUCUCGGCCGAAUGCCAGGACCUGCUCAAGAGGCUCCUGGAACCAGAUAUGAUCCUCCGGCCUUCAAUUGAAGAAGUUAGUUGGCAUCCAUGGCUAGCAAGCACUUGAUAAAAGCAAUGGCAAGUCCUCCCCAAUAAAGCAAGGGGAGAAAGCAAACCCAAAAACCCGCUUCUAAAA